GCUUUGUUCAGAGACGGACGGAAAGACUUCGCUUCGUUCCCUUCGCUGGGUCCCGGCUUCCUCCUCUAUAACCAUGAGCAGGGCCCGCCUGCUGUGGGGAGCAGCCACAGACACCCGACUGCCUUAGCGUCCACUUAAAGACCGCUAAAAACGUCCCCCUCGGUUCCCAAAUCUCAAUCAAGGCCAGCUACCCUCACCUUUCUGAAGAGCUGACAGGGCAGAGGAAACCCAAUCAAAAAACACGGGGCUCUUAGGAACAAGGGAGGAGAAUGAGUCGCGAGCUCCGCUCACGCUUCCUUCCCAAACGCCGAACGUGGGUGAGGUCGGUUGCUAUGGUGACCCCCUCGGCAAGGCUGAGUUCCCUAUUGGAUGAAAGCCCUGCCAGUUCCAGCCCAUUGGAUAGGAGACCAGAACCAAUAGAAAGACGGGAUGUUGACGACGUCUCAAAAUGGCCGCCGGGUCGCGCGAGCCGGUCGGAAAAGACAAUGUGGAGUGGACUGUUACCUCCUGGAAUGAAUGAAAGUGACAUUGAGUUGAGUUCUGAAGAUGAGACUACACCAGAAAUCACAGAACUUGGUUCAAACAAAGAUAAGGGAGAUGGUGUGAGAGAAGAGAUUGGGCUCUCUGCUUUCCGUACUGAUGGACCUAAAAGUGGGGCAGAGACAAAUGCAAAAAAUGCUGAUGAAGAAUGUCCAUCUGGAAUUCCCCCAAAUAUGUGGAAUAAGUUUCAAGAGUUACAUAAAAAGCAUUCUGAACUGAAAACCUUAACUAUUUCUACAAGCAAAGGGAAUAAAAGAAAACGUACCAGAAAAGGUAAAUUGAAGAAUAAAGAAAAGCCUGACAGUCAACAGUCUUCAAAUGAAGCCCAGUGGAAGGAACUUACUCAGUAUUUUGGAAUAAAUGAUAAAUUUGAACCCCCCAUAAUUAAUACAACUUUUCAGAAGUCAGGCCUUGAAGUACGCAUCGAUGAAUCUGUGGCUGAAGGGGAUUUUGAAAAGGCAGAAGAACUCAGUAAUAGGUUAGCUACUCGAGAGCUUGGGGUAAAAAUUGCCAAAGCUGUUGCAUGCCGCAACUUUGUAAAAGCUAAAAAAGAUGCUGAAACUUCACAGGAGGUUCGAAAAAGGAAGAAACUUGCAUGGGGGUUUGAAGCAAAGAAGAGAUGGGAAACCAAAAGCAACAUGGGAUAUAUGUAAAUAGGUCUUCAUCCUUGAAAAACAAAGAACUCUUGGUAUCUUACUGUUUAAAGGGAGCCAGCUAAAUUUGAUACCAGUUAGGAAAAGUAAAUGUCAGAUUAGUGAGUCAGUUACACAUAUUUUUUCAAUCUUUUAAAGUAAUGUAUCUUAUUUUGUUUUAAAAAUUAGAUUUUCUUAAUGAAUAUGAGAAUAUAGUUAAGGAAAAAACAUAAGGAAUGUAAUGUGUACAUACAUCAGUAUUUAAAGUAUUAAUGAAAUCAUUGAUAUAUGGAUAUAAUUGCUAUUGGUUCAUAUUGAAACCUCAGUUUGUACCAUAGAAAAGAGUGUUUUUGAAUUGCUGUGGCCAAAUUUUAUUUUCUGACAGCUUUCUGCCAAGUAUUGUUGGUCUGGUGGUCAGAACACAUAUUCUCUAUUAGCAAGCCUUGCACAAGCUUACUAUAAUAUCCUUGAAGGAAUCACUAAUAUUGGAGAAAUAUAUUUAUAUACAGCAAAAAUUAUUUGCUUUUUACUGUUUGAUGAAUAUUUAGCUAUUAAGAUCCAUGUAACUUAAAAUAUUUAUGGUCAUAAACUAUCCAUAUGGGUUUUAUUUUUUAAAUAAUGAUUUAGUAGUAAAUCAUAAAUAUAUCUAAGAAGAUAUAACCAUACUAGUCAAGAAACAUUCAGUUUUACUACAAGUGCUAUUUUGUCUAAAUAUUUUUUCCUAGAAAAUUGGGUUUUCUUUUUUUCUCAUGGCUGUCUGGUAAAAGUCAAUGAAUAAUUUUAAAUAGCUUUGAAGAUGGAAAGUGUCAUACAGUUUGCUAUGAUUUAAUUCUGCCUGAGAAUAGACAUAGGCUACUCACAUCUCAUUGUCUCUUUUAUUCCUAUGAUUCUUUGAAUUUUAAUGUUUUUCUUAGAUAGCUUAUCAGUUGUGCAGUUUGAUUAUUGAUAAAUAAUUAUUUUGAUAUUAAUUGAAAUACAAUGUUUUAAAUUCUUUAAAUA